AUGAGGAUACUCCCAAGUCGCCAGUUUCCUCUAUAUCUGAGCUCCCUGCCAGAGUUCGCUCCCGUGUUCAAAACGAAAAGUAGGCUGCGAUGCGGGCCGUAUCAUGCUUUCCAGCCUCACAAGUUGCAAAGUUGCUCCUCCCACUCUACAGGACAGACGAACCAGAAAGUCACAAUCGAUCUGCAGGUCACAAAAGGAAAAUCAGGGUUGCUAACUACGAGACACAUGAGCUCGUCACCAAGACCAUUUCCCUCCCCGUCUUCACUGUCACCGAAACCCUCUCCGUCUUCCCAAUUGCCAAAUGCAGUUUACACCCCGCCAACGACGGGUUUCAUUGCCCUGCUCCCCAAGUCGUGGAUGCCCUAUGCCGAGCUGAUCCGCCUUGACAAGCCAGCGGGAACUUAUUAUCUCUUCUUCCCUUGCGUUUUUUCAACACUGCUAGCCGCACCAUUGGCGUCACCAAUGGCCACCCCCUUGGAAGUAGCGUCGGUGUGCGGUAUGUUCUUCCUGGGUGCUCUGGUUAUGCGCGGAGCUGGGUGCGCUAUCAACGACCUGUGGGACCGGGACCUGGACCCUCUUGUCGAAAGAACGAGGUUACGACCCAUUGCAAGGAAAGCGAUAUCGCCGCAAAACGCCCUAGUCUUUACUGGCACUCAGCUCCUGGUGGGUUUAGGGGUUCUGCUGCAAUUCCCUACCCAGUGUUUAUGGUAUGGGAUUCCAAGCCUAUUGCUGGUCGGCACGUAUCCUCUAGCAAAGCGUGUUACGAACUAUCCCCAGUUCGUCCUAGGGCUGACCUUUUCGUGGGGCGCCAUGAUGGGUUUCCCGGCCCUGAAUGUAGAUGUUCUAGCGGACACCAUUGCCCUGCUGGCUGCGUCUGCGCUGUACUCUAGCUGUGUGUCGUGGACUAUACUCUAUGAUAUGAUCUACGCGCAUAUGGACGUCAAAGAUGAUGCCGCUGCCGGCAUCAAGUCGAUUGCUCUGAAACAUAAACACAACACCAAGGCAAUUCUCUCUGCGUUGGCAGCAGCCCAGGUCGGCUUCCUUGCCGUAGCAGGCGUGGCUGUUAAUGCCGGUCCAAUUUUCUUCAUUGGAAGCUGUGGCAGUGCCGUUGCCUCCCUGGCCACAAUGAUAUGGAAAGUCAAGUUGAGCGAUGAUGGAAUCUGUUGGUGGUGGUUUAAGAAUGGAUGUUGGAUCACAGGAGGCGGAAUAACACUUGGAUUGUUAGGUGAAUACCUGGCUCAGCUAUUUGGGUUGUAUGAGACUGAUGAUUCUGAGGUUGAAGGGAGUAGGAGCAUGAAAGACCUCUGA